AUGCUUCGCAUUUUACAUAAUCAUGAGACAGACCCAGAGAAGAAUAAUCCUCUAGUCGCCAACUCCAAUCAGGUCAUGGAGGAGCUCUCCAAGGCUACAAGCCCAGGCGCGUGGAUGAAGACAGCCAAGGUCUGGAGAGGCCACCUUGUGCGCUCUAUCGACGACCCUUACAACUAUGUGAAAGAUCAAAUGGCCAAGGGCAAUGACAAUGUGUCCUACGUUGCUGGCUUGAUGAAAGAUGUGCAUCGACAAAUCGGACCCGAGGAAGAAGGUGUCAUCAGCUGGUCGACAGCCUCCCAAGGUCUCACGGGUGAAAUUCACGAUUGA